AUGUCUAUGAUCACUGCGACAACAUGGGUGCCGCGCGGCUUCGCGGCGCCCUUCCCGGAAAAGUACCAGUUCGACGAGGACGAGUACGAGCGCAUAUCCCAGCUGGCGAAGCUCCAGCUCGACGAUGCGAAAGAGGACCUCGAGGAGGCGCAAGCCGAAAAGAAGGGCACAAGCAGCGGCAAAUCCAGGUCGAAGAACCACGACGACGACGAUGACGACCUCAAAGAGUACGAUCUCGAGCACUACGACGACGAAGUCGACGAUGCGGCUGGCGACACCAUGGCUAUGUUCGGCAACGCCAACAACCUGGUGUUCCACGAGAACGACGAAGACGACCCGUACAUCACCAUGCAGGGCGCCGAGGACGACGACGACGACGAGAGGGAAGAGCUGCAGAUCCUUGCUACAGACAACCUGGUUCUGGCUGGCCGCAUAGAGGACGAGGUCGCGCAUCUGGAAGUCUACGUCUACGAAGAUGGGGAUGACAACCUCUACGUGCACCACGACAUCAUGCUGCCCGCCAUCCCGCUGGCGGUCGAGUGGUUAGAUCUGCCUGUGGGCAAGUCGGCUGGCAACGGCAAAGGCAACUUCGUCGCCAUCGGUACCAUGGACCCUGACAUCGAGCUUUGGAACUUGGACGUGGUCGACAGCAUGUACCCAGAUGCUGUUCUCGGCCAGGGCGCAGAGGACGCGGCAAACGCAGACAAGCCCAAGAAGAAAAAGAAGAAGUCGAAAAAGGUCAACGACAACUUCCACGUGGACUCGGUCCUCUCCCUGGCGGCCAACCGUCAGCACAGGAACUUGCUUGCCUCUUCGUCCGCCGAUAAGACGGUUAAGCUGUGGGAUCUCAACACAACCAAGUGCGCAAAGUCGUACACAUACCACACUGACAAGGUGUGCUCCGUCGCGUGGCAUCCCGUGGAGUCUACGGUGCUCCUCAGUGGUAGUUACGAUCGCACAGUGGUCGCAGCAGACAUGCGAGCACCCGAGGCGAAGGCGCCACGAUGGGGCGUCGAGAGUGAUGUUGAGACAGUCAGGUGGAACCCCCAUGACCCUAACUACUUCUACAUCUCCACCGAGAACGGCAUGGUUCACUAUCACGACACACGUAUGGCGCCCGCAGACCCUUCGCAGUCAAAGCCUGCUUGGGUCCUUCAAGCCCACGACGAGUCCAUUUCCUCAUUCGACAUCAACCCAGUCAUUCCCGGCUUCCUGGUGACAGGCUCCACAGACAAGCAGGUCAAGCUCUGGAACGUACAAGAGAACGGGCCAAGCAUGGUGGUAUCGCGAGACCUGGGCGUCGGCAGAGUGUUCUCGACCUCGUUCGCCCCAGAUAAAGAAGUCGGUUUCCGUCUGGCUGUCGCAGGCAGCAAAGGAUCCGUACAGAUCUGGGACACCAGCACCAACGCAGCGGUUCGUGCGGCGUUUGCUAGCAAGGUGCCGCAGAUGAAGCCUGGUGGAAAGGAGAGGCUUGUUGGCUUGGAGGAGUCUGACACGGACUCGGAUUCGGAUGAGGGCGAGAGCGGUGACGAAGAGGAGGGUGAGCAGGAGAAGGGCUGGGAGUCGAUGGAGGAGUAG